CAUGCAAGCGGGGCAUGCCGCUGCGCUGAAACUACCGCCUGCGUUCCCACCCGCGUAGACAAGCUAGCCAGAGCUUAGCUAGGGAGCAAAGGGGCGCAGCCGGCGCGCGCGAUGCUGCACAUUGUGGGCCUGGGCCUCGGCGACGAGCGCGGCAUCACGUUACGAGGGCUCGACGCCGUCCGCCGCUGCACCAGGGUCUACAUGGAGGCGUACACCUCCCUCCUCCUCACCCUCGGUACCGACCCUUCUUCCAUGCUCGCCAGCCUCGAGAAGCUAUACGGGAAGGGGGUCACGGUGGCCGACCGGGAGAUGGUGGAGGAGCGCGCCGACCAAGUGCUGCGCGAGGCCACCGACGCCGACGUCGCGUUCCUCGUCAUCGGCCACCCCUUCGGUUCUGAUGAGAUUUUCAGGAAAACUACACACUGAUCUGGUUGUUCGAGCCAAGAAAAUAGGGAUAGAAGUGAAAGCGAUCGACAGUGCAUCCGUCAUGAACGCAGUUGGAGUUUGUGGGUUGCAGCUUCGCCGCUAUGGAGAGGCCAUCACCAUACCGUUCUUUACAGAGACUUGCAAACUAGAUAAUUUCUACCAGGUGAUUGUGAACAACCGUUGCCAUGGGCUGCACACACUUUGCCUACUAGGCUCGUGAUGCUUGUUUACCUUUUCAACAUUGUCUGCACUCGUCACUGGUAAGAAAAAAGGCAAUUGGCCAUGAUAUUUCUAUAUAGGAAUAAGUCAAGUCUUAGCCCCUCAACUCUUGAGUUUGUCCGAUUUUGACCCUUAACUACAAAACCGGGUAACUCUCACCCUUAGCUAUCAAAACCGGCUCAAUUUCUACCCCGAGCCUGUUUGAAGUGGUAUUCGAGUGACGUGGCGGUGGUUUUCUGCUGACAUGUUAGCCCAUGUCUCCUCCCUUCCAAACAGAGCACAAAUAGAGGAAGCGCGCCAACGAUGGAGUGCAUGGCGUCGCCGGUGAUGAAGGCUCGAAGGCAUCGGUAGUUGGCGUAGAGGUGGUGGCCAUGUUGUCGUGGACUUGAGCAUUGGCGGUGUAGCGAGGAAACGCAUGGUCGUGGCGAGCGGAUCGACGGAGGCCACUGAUGCAUGGCGACGGCGAGACAUGGAGCAGGUGCACGGCGGAGGAGGGUGCGUGAGCAAGUCCACGGCGCACCGAGGUCGUGGGUGGCCUCACCCUAGCUGGAGAUGGGGCGGAGAGGUGUGGCAAUGAUGAGAUGCCGUAGGGAUCAGAGUUGUUCGUUGUGGCGGUACUGGUGGCCAUUCCGUGUGGGCGAGCGCGACGGGAAAGGGGUUCUGCGGCACCGCACGGCCUCGAGGAAGCCGUAACUAGUCUCGGCUUGGUCAGAGGUGCAGCGAGGAGGCGGCGCUACGAUGAGGUUCAACCGCUAGAGAAGUGGCUCGCUGUGGUGGCACUGCGGUCAUCCUAUAGCGAAGGCAAGCUCGUGAUAGAGCUGUGGUAGUCGUUGCAGUGCUCAUAAUGUAAUAGCAUGGCCUGAGGCUCACCGGAAUCGGAGAUAGGCGUCGGCAGCGCUCUCGUCGGAGUCCGGAAAGAAGGUAGCGGUGGUGGUGCUUUGGCAGCGGAGAGUGAGGGAGAGGGGCGGAAAGGAGUGCAGCGAGGCCGAGGGUGCCCUUUUAUAGACUCAGGGAGGCGUAGAGCGGGGGUGGGGAUUGAAGAGGGGAUUAUGGGCAUCAGUGGAGUGCACGGGGACGGCACUGCGUCUAGGGGGGCGAGGCUC